GUGUGGGGCUAUCAAGAGCCCGCAAUUCUUGAUCGUAGUAAAUGGGAUGCCUACGAUCCGAUUCUCAUCUCCGAGAGCCUCUUCGCCAUCGCUAAUAUCUUUGCUACACUCAAGUUGGUCUACGUUUUCACUGUCAGUCCACAGCUUGGACCACUACAAAUCAGCCUUGGUAGGAUGCUGAAUGAUAUCAUGAAGUUCUUCUGUGUCUACAUUCUCGUUCUUGUGGCUUUUGCAUUUGGACUGAACCAACUCUACUGGUUCUACGCUAAUGAAAGGUUUAACAGUUGUCAAGGCGUGCGUUUUAGUCUGGCUGAGGGGAUGAAGGAUGUCUACGAUUAUUGCAUCACUCGUGGACGAUAUCUUACCAAGUAA